AUGUUAGGCCGAAUUUCUGUUGUAAAGUUGCAGGCUUUAGCCUCUGAGUUGAAGGCGGGUUUCACAGAAGCGAUGCAGGAGCUGUCACGGAUCCAGCAUGGCGAGUACGCCCUGGAGGAGAAAGUCAAGAGCUGCCGCUGUGCCAUGGAAGAGAAAGUGGCUGAGAUGAAGAAUUCUCUCAACACAUUCAAGGAGGAGCUCAGCGACGCAAAAUCAAUGAUUGAAGAAAUCAGUGCCAAGCAGGAGGAAAUGCAACAGAAAAUUGAGCAGCUGCAGCAAGAGAAGCGUCGUGAAUCACGGAAAAUGAAAGCUAAAAGAGCACAGAAGGAUGAUCAUGGGUCACAGACAGUGCCUACACCUCUCCAGGGCAGCCCAUUUCGAUCCAUUAACCUCCCAGAACCUGUGCUGAUCAAUGAAGAUUUUACAAGUCUUUUACACAAUGUGACUUACGAAAAAGUGUCCGACACCAGGAUCAUGCCAAUGGGAGAAGGAAGUGUGAAAGUCGUAGGAGGUCCAGGAGCAACCAUAGAGACAGACGACAGCCUGAAGCCAUCUUUGACAACAGAGGGGCAGUCGAAAGUGCAUCUGCCAUCGACAGUGUGGAAGCAGCCGAAGGAUACCAAGGACUGGGGAGAUGAAUACAUUUCAAAAGAGCAACCAGAGAGAGGGAAAGACAUGGGCCAGAGCAGAUACAGCUCAGCUGACAUUAUAUGUGAACCCUCUUUGGCUGCCAAAAGGCAGAACAUCGCUUUGGAGCUGCUGGAGUCAGAAAGGAAGUAUGUCAUCAACCUUUCCCUAAUCCUGAAGAUCAAGGCCACAUUGCAAGGGCCAGAUGUGAAAAGGAGCACCAAAGAAAGAAGUUUCUUCCCCAACUCUUUGCGGUACCUGGUCCAGCAGCAUGUCGACUUACUUCACGCUCUGCAGGAGCGAGUCCUGAGCUGGCCACGACAAGGAAUUCUAGGAGACAUCUUCCUGAAAUUAACAAAUGAUGAGAAUAAUUUUCUGGACUACUAUGUUGCUUACCUGAGGGACCUGCCAGAAUGCAUCUCUCUGAUCCAUGUGGUGAUCCUGAAGGAGGUAGAAGAAGAAAUCAAGUCUGAUCUCUACAUUCUGUUCUUCCAUAUAGUCCAGCGAAUCCCAGAAUACCUUAUUCAUCUACAGAAUGUCCUGAAGUUCACGGACCAAGAGCAUCCUGACUAUUACCUGCUGCUGGUGUGUGUGCAGCGCCUCCGGGUUUUCAUCUCACACUAUAGCCUCCUCUUCCAAUGCAAUGAAGACCUGCUUAUACAGAAGAGGAAAAAGCUGAAGAAGUCAUCCCUGGUGAAGCUGUACAAAGGUCUUACCUCCCAGUGUACGAGCCAAGAGGUUUCUCCAACACCCAGUGCAACAUCUAUCCGGGACAGCGGGAUCCACUCGGAAGAAACAGUACAGUCAUUCCCACCAGCACCUUCCUCUGGCACCACAACCCCGCAUUUGAUGCCCCAGAUGAAGAAACCCCAGCCAACUGUGAUGGAGAACAUCCAGGCUGUAAAGCCCCCUGACUGGGAAAUGGAAAGUAGAAAACAUGAGAGGCCAGAGAACAUCCUUGCAUCCUCUCAGCUCACAGAGCAGGAACUCAAGGCUUUGACAGCCCCUUUACAAUCCAUCCCUGAAAUGGAGUAUGAAGCACCACCAGCUGAUGCAGUGGGAAACACCGACAGAGCCAUCAGGACCUCUGUGGAGCUGCUGCAGGACGCAAGAAACUUCGCACCAAGCUAUGAAGAGUUUGACUACCCCGGGGAGGUUUUCACCCUGCCAGGCCCCUAUGAAGAUGAUGCCUUCCAAAACAUCGCUCUCUUUGAGAAUUGCUCCCCGGCCUCUUCCGAGUCCAGCUUAGACAUUUGCUUCCUUAGGCCUGUUAACUUCACAUCAGAACCAGAGAGGACAGAUCAUGCCUUACAGCCAUUGCCUAAGAGCUGCACUCCUGUAAGCAGCAGUACUUACAAGCGUGAGAUGUUCCACAGCAAAGGCAAGCAGCUGAGCAGGUCCCUGAAGGAGCUGCCGAGGAGCGCUGAGGGUGUGAGCACCAGACUCUACAGCACGCGGAGCAGCAGCGGGAGCCGGCUGCAGCAGAAGCAAGAGAGGAAUGUCCAGCCUCACAUGAUCUCAGCCUCAUCUCGAAGCUCCCAAAGGAGCUACUUCCCCCCACAGAGAGGAGCGGGUGAAAAACAGAGCUUUUUGGAAGAGCUCCAUGCAGAAGACAACACCAGGUUCUGCCAGAAGGAUGACAAUGAGCAAACAUCCUUCAGCGACCACAACCCGCGGCACGAGCCCAAGGGGGGUUUCCGGAGCUCCUUCCGCAAGCUCUUCAAAAAGAAAUAAGCAGCC